CUUACAUUAUACACACUGCACCCCACCCUUCGCUUUCCAAAAAGUUGGUGGUAUUUAUAUAUAUAUAUAUAUAUAUAUAAUUUUCCACCUGGGAUGGGAUAAAAAUAGGAAGAACAUCCCAUCGGAAUCCAAGUUCCGUUCUUUAGGGCUCCAAAAACCAGACUUGAUCGUAUCGCACCCUCCCGAUUUUCACAUCAACUGUUACUUCUUAUUAUAACUGCCUCUCUCGUUCAGGGUCUCGAUCAUUUGUCGUUCGCCGGUGUCCUCGCCCCUCGGUAUUUUCUAGUUCGGAGUUGUUUUUGGUGGGAUUUUGCAGCUUUGCUCGAAUAUAUAUUAUUAGGGUUAGGGGAUUUGUCCAUGCGCUUAGUUUCUGUGCUUGCAUUUGUAACGGAUGAGUAGUUUGUGAGCGGUGAUUAGGAAUUUAGUUCUAAUAUUUUCUUGAUUUUUUUCCGGGAGAAUUUGGAUUUCUAGGGUUUGAUUGAUGGAUUUUGUGCUCGUCAGUUCCGAAUUGCGGUAAAUUUUGGUUGAAUUUUUUUAUUGUUAUACUGAGAAUGAAUUAGUUGGGCUGUGUAAUCAGGUUUAUUGCCUGGAAGGUAUUUUUAGAAAAUUAGUUAUAAACUCGGGGGGCGUAUGUUCGGGCCGAACAUGGAUUCUGUGCCGGACGACGCCAUAGUUCCGGGCACAGUGCUAAUCCCAAUGCGCUUUGUGUGGAAACAUGGGGGGAACAGCGUGUAUCUAUGUGGCUCUUUCACACAGUGGUCUCAGCUUCUGCCAAUGUUGCCUGUGGAGGGUUGCGACAAUGUGUUUCAAACUGUUUAUGGCUUAAUGCCGGGAUACCAUCAGUACAAGUUUUAUGUUGACGGUCAAUGGCGAUAUGACGAGUCCCAACAUCACGAGAGUGGCGAAUAUGGUAUGGUGAACACACUACUUUUGGCUACGGAUUACAUGGAUGUUGAUAAUGAAGCCUUUCGGCGUAUGGCCCAAGUUGCAGAUGGUCCACUGACUGAGGUAGUGCCAGGUAUAUCAGACACUGAUUUACAGGCCUCCCGUCAACGUAUUUCGGUAUUUUUGUCUACUCACACUGCCUACGAGUUACUUCCUGAGUCAGGCAAGUUUCUAAUCCACUUACAGGUUGUUGCCCUAGAUGUUGAUUUACCUGUGAAGCAAGCAUUUCAUAUACUGCAUGAACAGGGAAUCCCGAUGGCUCCUCUUUGCGACUUUGGCAGGGGCCAGUUUGUUGGAGUUCUUAGUGCAUUGGAUUUUAUUUUAAUAUUAAGAGAGCUUGGGAGUCAUGCGUCAAAUCUGACAGAAGAGGAGCUUGAAACGCAUACUAUAUCUGCUUGGAAAGAGGAAAAGGCAUAUCUGAACAGGCAAAAUGAUCUUCAUGGGAGAGCAUUUCCUAGACGUCUCAUCCAUGCUAGUCCAUAUGAUAAUUUGAAAGAUGUUGUUCUCAAGAUUCUGCAAAAUGAGGUGGCCACCGUUCCUGUCAUCUAUUCAUCUUCAGAAGAUGGAUUAUUUCCACAGUUAUUACAUCUUGCUUCACUUUCUGGAAUUCUGAAAUGUGUUUGUCGAUGUUUUAAACAUUGUGCAAGCUCGUUACCCAUACUCCAGCUACCCAUUUGCGCAAUUCCUGUGGGUACAUGGGCUCCACAAAUAGGGGAAUCUAAUCGGCGACCAUUAGCAAUGUUGAGACCUAGUGCUUCUCUUAGUUCAGCGUUAAAUUUGUUAGUUCAAGCUCAAGUGAGUUCAGUACCAAUAGUUGAUGACAAUGACUCGUUACUUGAUGUAUAUUGUCGCAGUGAUAUAACAGCUUUGGCUAGAGACAGAGCUUAUACACACAUUAAUCUUGAUGAAAUGACAAUUCAUCAGGCAUUGCGGUUUGGACAAGAGUCGUACCCUCCUUAUGAGCCAAGAAGUCAAAGAUUUCAGAUGUGUUUGCGCUCUGACUCACUGCAUAAAGUGAUGGAGCGAUUGGCAAAUCCUGGUGUCAGAAGGCUUGUCAUUGUGGAGGCUGGCAGCAAGCGUGUGGAAGGCAUAGUUUCGCUCAGUGACAUUUUCAAGUUCUUGCUUGGCUAAUUCAAAGCAAUGUCCGAAGAUAUGGCAUGGAUGGGGUUUGUGCAGUCUGUUUAGAGUUCAAGAUGUUUGUUGGGCAGCAUCAGCUGUUCAACUGUUCCAUAGACACUCCCAUUAGUUUACACGAUGAAUAGGAUCUCGUUUCGCUGAUAUAUAAAAUUCAAUUGGCAAUUGGAUUGACCUCUGGCUUCAACGCCUAUUUUUUUUUUUUUUUUUUUCUUUUAGGAUUUUAGGCUAAAGAAAGAGGCUGUAAAUUGAGAGGAUUUGAUUCUCUCCCAAAUUUGUUCAUCUAUUAUCCCUUGUUGAUAUAAUUAUAUUACUGACAUUAUGAAUGCCACCUUUACAUGGAUGGAGGGGAGCGUGGCACUUGUAACAUUUUUAUGCUGCAAAUGAAGCAAGAAAGUGCAUAAACAAA